GCUCGUUUUCAUCUUAUGAAUGAUAUAAAUUUGCGUUCAGUUUAAAUAGUGCAAAUUUCAUAGAAACGGUGUCUUUAAUAAAGGGAGUUAAUGGAAUACUGUAACCAUGUCCGUCUCGAGUAUGAUUCAUGUUAUUCUAUUGAUACUCUUAUUCAAAAUUGUUCAUAACAACACAUCUUCAUAUUCAGCUUGUACAAAAAGGUUGGAAAUAUUGUUUAGACAUUGCUUGCUUUCCAGUUUAAUUUCAAAGCGUUGUCUUGGUUUGAACGAAGGUGUCAUUUCAUCUUCUUAUAGUGGCAUUCAAGAAUUGAAGAAACUUUGUAAUUCAUGUAGAGGUUGUGAAGUUUCAUUUAUGAGUUGUUCAGUUAAUAAACUGGACUCUAUUGACAACAGAGAAUGUUCACAAGCUAAAAUGUAUUCAAAUACGUUUCGUAGAAAACUUGCGGGCAAAUAAAUAUAUCUUUCGAUAUCUAUUAUGAAUUCGGUGUUUCAGUUUUGCAAGUUAAACCGAAAUGUAUGAAGAAUAAAUUAAUAUACCUAUAUUAAUUAUUUUUGUGAGCUUGAUUUUCAUUUUUCUCUGUAAAUAAACUGUUUAUAUGACUUA